AUGGAACGCUAUCCACGAACGCCGGCGGUGGUGAUCACGGAGCCCUCGCCGACCAGGAUAUACGUGACCGCCAACCCGUCGACGUUCAAGGAGCUGGUGCAGCGUCUCACCGGCCAGCCGACGGGGGAGGCCGUGGCACAAGACGGCGUGGCGCCGGCGACAGCCGCCGCCGCCGCUCCUCGCCGUGGCAGCAUCACUAUGAGGCGGAUGGCCACUGCCGUCCACGAUCCGCCGACGUGCGUCCUGAACAAACAGGGGGAGCUCCCGCCAUCGCCGCCGUCGGUGUCAACAUUGGCGGAGGAGGCAAUGGAGGACGCCGCGGAGGAGAAGGACAUGCAGCAGUCGCCGCCGCCGCUGCGGGCGGUGAGGGCCCGGGAGCCAAAGCUGCUGAACCUGUUCCCGCUCACACCUCUUCCUACUCCAAGGAUCUUUGAGAAGUCUCAGAGGUAG